GACGAACGCUUUACCCAUCAGAAGAGAAGAAUGCCGGAGGCGCUGACGUGUGCGCUAUCGGUGCGUGUUCGCGGGUAAGUCCAACGCCACAAUUUUCUUCUUCACAUCGGCCAUUCUGCUUUUCUUCUUCUCCCAUUCAGGCAGCGCGCAUGUCAGAUACCUUUGCGGAGAUUACGCCUUCGGUGGCGGCGGACAACAGCCAGGAAGCGCUGCGAGAGGAGGUGCUCCGCCGAAUGGAGAUUUACGUGCUGGAGCUGCUGUAUAACGCACUGCCUCCUCCCUGUGCGGCAGCAGGAGAAACGGGUGUGGUGGACGGAUUCACGGCAACGACGCAACCGUCGGCGCAGACGACACCAAAAAUAGAGAACCCAAACGGUCAGAAGACGACAAUUCAGAGAAGCUCAUCAAACCCGUUGCUGUUGCCGCUGAUGAGCUCAAAGCCCCUCCGUCUACGGACGUUGCACACCACCCGACGCCAUCUCCUCCUCCUUCGCCUCCUCUACUUCAACGUGAAGCAGCGGACCGUGCAAACCCACCGCGAUGUGUACUACCACCUCGUGCGGGAGCUGCCCUCGCAGAGUACGGUGAAUCACACGGUGCAACAGCUGGCGCGGGUGCUGCGGGUGCCGCGUCAGCUGAUGGGCGUGAUGGCGGGCGGGCGCGGAUACAUUGCCGGCGCGAUCUGCUACCGCGGCACCAGCUUAGAAGGAGCUGCGCUCGCACGAGAGGGGAUGCCGCUGCCGUUGGUAGAGGCGGAGUGGAGGGUGUCGUGUGUCGAGCAGGAGGAAUACGCGGUGGAAAGGGAGGAGGAAGAGUUGGACGCGGAACACGUGGCGUGCGCUACCUUGUCAACUCCACUGCGUGGCUUUCGUGCAGAGUCCGCCGCGGCUCGUGCACCCACGCUGGCAGAUGAGGGGCCUCCACUUGCGUCUCCUUCCUCCUACACCGCAGGGUUUCAGAUCAAGUCCAACGUACGCUUCAUUCUGGUGGUUGAGAAGCACGCCGUCUUCGUGCAUCUUCUUCGUUCCGGUCUCCCUCGACUCGUGCCCUGUGUACUGCUCACCGCACAGGGCUUCCCGACCCACGCGGCCCAUCGCCUGCUCGCCAACCUGCACGCUGCCGUGCCACAGGCGGUAGUGAUCGGGUUGGUGGAUUACAACCCGUAUGGACUGGCGAUCUUAAGUGCCUAUCGCUGGCCCUCCACCGGCGUUAAAGGUCCCGCGUCUUUCGCAGACACAGAGGAGUCGCCGUCGGAGGCGCUGAUCCGCGGCGCGAUGCCCGAAAACCGCUUUUGCGCCGUGGCGUCCCUGCGCUGGUUCGCCGUGCGGGCCGUGCAUCUGCGCCGCGUAGAAAGCAGCACGGAGCCGCCGCAGCAGACGAGGGAUAGCACGGGGUCGCGUACGCGUCGCCGCGGUACUCAGAGUCGGAACGAAGCUCCGACAGAAGCGGCACUGGAACCAGCUGAGACGCACCCCGAUGCCAUGAGUUUGAAGAAGCAAGGCGAUUCCUCUCUUGCAGCAGACCGUCUACGUACGCGACGCGAUGUUCGCCUAGCCACCGGCUGCCUCUCGGGCCUAGCGUCCCAACACCGCCAAAGUGGAAAGAAUAGCAGAGAGGGCGGCACACUUCCCCAAUCAGUGCGCAUCGCCUCAUCGCUUUCCACUGUCGCCGCAGGAGUGACGGCGUCGAGCAUCAUCAGAGGAGUUCGAACACGGCCACCAUUGCCACCACCCCUGCAGCCUUUCACACCGCGCGACACCGCCGUGCUGAGCAGCAUCAUAGCGCAACUCGAGGCACGACUGCGCAGCGCAUCGUCCACAGCUAACGUGCUCGGCCCGCCCACUGAAGUCGCAGCAGAAAACACACAUGCAGUGAAGAGGAUAAAGAGGAGUCAUCGACAAUCGCAGAGAAACGAAGCUGAGGGAAGCGACACCCCAGCGGACAGCCCUUUCGCUAUCUUUCCGCCGGAUGACGCCGAGGUCGCGUCGAUAUCCGCGUGGCUGCGAGAGGCGAAAGAAAUGCGCGCCCGUGCAGCAAAGUGCGAAUUGGAAGUCCUCUACACGCAUCCGUUUGCCUCCCUGUUUGGCGGCGCCUCCGUGGCGACGAGCACGGCGAGCACCUUCUCUUCCCCAGCUACCCAACACAGGGAAGGAGCUGCAACGAGACCAGCCGCUGCAACGUCCGGCUUUGCCGUGUGGGUUGCGCAGCAGCUUCUGCGGGGCCAGUACAUUUGA